AGCUUCUUCGCGUGUUCUUCGCCGCAAGGUCACGUACACUAAAACCCGAACACUUUGUAUAAAACGGCGCGACGAAACGUAGAGCGUUUCAUUCGUGCAAGCAGCAUGGGAAAGUUAGAGUCGAUCGCGUUGCUUCUUUGUCUCCUCGCUGCUUUCGCGUCCGCGGCGUCGUCGUCGUCGCGACGGAACCAGGGUCGAAACGUCGAGGAGGAUGACGCUCUUACGUCGGACGAGUGUCCGGAACCGAACGGAUAUUUCGCGGACGCGGAGCAAUGUGAUAAAUAUUACGAAUGCCGGGACGGACAAAUCACCGAAAAACUAUGCCCGGACGGGAUGGUUUUCAACGACUUCAGCACCGAGUACGAGAAAUGCGACCUGCCCUUCAACAUCGACUGCAGUCAACGGUCCAAAUUGCAGCAACCCCAACCGACGGAGCACUGUCCAAGGAAGAACGGCUACUUUGCGCACGAGGAGCGUAACGUUUGCGAUAAGUUUUACUACUGCGUCGAUGGCAAAUUCAACAUGAUCACGUGCCCCAAUGGACUGGUCUACAACGAAAAUGCUGGCAUCUGCUCGUGGCCAGACGAAGCCAAACGCAAGGGUUGCACUUCCGAAGAAGUCUUCCAGUUCGAUUGUCCCAAAGUGGACGAGUCGGUGGGCGCGACCCAUCCGAGGUACGCCGACCCGGAGGACUGCCAGUACUUCUACGUCUGCAUCAACGGCAACACGCCCAGACGGAACGGAUGCAAAUUGGGCCAGGUUUUCGACGACGAGGUCAAAAAAUGCGAUUGGGCCAAGAACGUACCCGAAUGCGCGGACUGGUACAAGGGACGUCUGACGGAGCAGCAGCUCAAGGAGCUGGAGAAUCCGCCUACGCCUAAACCCAAGGCCACCAAAGUGAGCAAGAGGAGGCCGAGGCCGCCGGCCUCGCAACGGCAGGUCUUCGACGACGUGCUACAGAAAUGAAGGCUGCAGGAACGUUACUUAGUUGUUAAGUAAAAAAAAAAAAAGAAAAAGAAUAAAAGCGGUUUUGUAACAAAA